UAGACUGCUACGUGCUUAAAGCAGUAACGCGCAUCCAGACACGAAAUGAUGUUGGCGACGGUGGUGUCGGUACGCAUGUGUCGGAUGUACAUUCCGUACGGGCUUCUUGCUUCAGGAAUCAUCUAUCUACUCUCUGCAUUCUACACAAUCGACUCUUCAACGUUCUCGACGAUGUUCGCACGACGCCCCUUCCGAAGUCAACAUGGAGUUUCCGGAAAUCUAACAGGAACAACUUGUCUUGGAACGACCAACAGCACGCAAAAUCAAACCACGUGCUUCCCUAGCUGUGAGCAUGGAUACUUCGCCUUGCCGGGGAUGAGCGCCUGCAGACCAUGGCUGGACUGUGACGAGAUCAGUCAGAUACGGAUCACGGGUUAUCUCAAGAAAGGCGGAAUGAAACACGUGCUUAUGGGACGCUGGGAGAACCAGACGAUAGCCUACCUUCGUUUUCAGACGACUUUCAAGAACCAUUUUUCGAAAUAUCUCGCAAACUACCUGCUCUUCCAGCCGAACCCUCUCUUUGCGCGCGUGGUCGGUUACUGCGAACAAAAAUGCCUGAUCGUCAUGGAAUACUACCCGCUCAAGAACUCGUGGAUGCUCGAGGAGGCGCUUUGGGAAUCGAACCUCGUACACAGUAAUUCGGCGACGGCGUUGCGUCUGCAGUUGUGCGUGGACUACGCACAGAUCGUCGCCUUCAUGCACGGAGAGGGCCGCAUCAUGUGCGACACGAAUAACCUAUCGAAGCUCAGCUCGCAGUACCUGCUCACCGACGACUUCCGGCUCGUCGCCGCCGACGUCGACCACCUUCAGGAGGCGAGCUCGCCGUGUCCGGUCUGGUUCGCGAAGGACUGGCGCUUCGUGUCGCCGGAGACGAAGAAGAUGUCGCGAAAGAAGUGCACGCAUGUCGUCGGUCUGCAGCAGCGCGCAUGCGCUGACGAGCUGAAGCAGCUGCAGUUCAAGGCGGACGUGUGGAAGAUGCCUGACGUGUGUCUGCUGUAUCUCAGCCGAAACCCGGAGACGAACGAGAUCAUGGACGCUCGCAGCGAGCGCGUCGCCGGGUACCUAGACACGCUGCACGGCCGCUGUAAGCUACGCGACCCGCGCAAGCGACCCGACGCCGUCGAGGUUCUGUCGACGUACCUGAGAGCGCAGAAGGAGCUGUUCGCUCCCGAGUAAAUGAAUCCCGUAAAGAACGUGCAGAGAUCGGCUGCGGCGCGUCUACUGCGCAGACGGGUCUCCAUACAGGCACUUGGAGCGUUUCAAUAAAAUAUAAUGCUAAAUAAAUACGAA